UGAGGGGUUCCCGUCGGUUCAUUCAUCAAUCUUUCAUCACUCGGAGGUGUCACAGUGAUACUUUUCUCCCUUCUCUUUCAACUCACGUUCACCAAAGUUACGCUUGGCUCUACGGCGCAAUUGACAAUAGACCUGUGGUAUAACUCGGGGUCGAUUAUUAUUGCGCGGGCUUACUUUGCCUUAUUUUACUUUACUUUGCCGUAUACUUUUAUUUUCUUUGCUCUACUUUACAUUACCCUUCCAUCUCUUGUACUUAACCCACCCCUCCCUCCAUCUCUUCACCAAUGUGUGUCUUCUCGGCCAACGAUUCCAUUUUCGCGAACCGAGUCUGGUGCCAGUGCCAGUGUCAAACCUCAAUCUCGAACCGACGACCCGAUCUGCGAAUGAGUUAUGGACCGAAAGUCUUUCCAUGAUCCCACACCAGAGAAAGCAUGAACGAAACGAUUGUCAGUUCGAUACCGUCGCUCUAGAAUUGUGCCGCGACACCUUUCGUCCUGCCCUUUACCCCUGCGCAUCCGUGUCCGCCUGCGUGAACCUCGAGUUUAUAUAGUUUAUGUCCCGAUCCUACCGACUUCGCGAUCAUGGAACCCGAGACUGCGACGUCGAACGUCCAGGCCGCAAAGCCGGAACAUGCGGAUCUUUCUGGUAAGGCCAGACAAACGUGGCGGUAAGUUGAAUAUCCUCACUCACCUGAAGAUACGUGUAAAAGAGCCAUGCAUUCAUUGAUUUGCCUCGUGUGAUCAUACCCCGCCAAAACGAAAAAACAAAAAACAAAAAACAAAAAAAAUAACCAAUACGCCAAAAACCAACAUAAAAACGAAAACACCAUGAUUUGAUCGGCUUGCGCAAACACCACAUGCUGAUUCCUUGCUCAUACCCAGUAAUCACUCAGGAGCUGACAUCUUCUAGCUCGGCAGUCAAACUGCGAAGGCAACUGACAAAACAUAUGGAAAAGCUUCCAAAAGAUAACAACUCUGGUGUUGACAUCCCCCAGUUUGAGGCGAUGGAUACGGUUCUGGAUAAAUUCCGCCUUGCCUGCGUGCAGACCAUCUAUCUCGACUUCGAAUAUGCUGUCGCCGAGCGUACCGACUAUACUAUGUGGCAGGUGCAUACUAGUAUCAACAACGAAUAUCGAAAAGCCCUGGUUCGCCUCCGACACUUGGCGCAAAACUCGGACAAGCAAAAGACCGAUAAGACGGCCAACGAAAAGCGCAUUGGUGACAAGGACAAGAACAAGGGGGAGAAACAAAGCACCCCAAAGCAAAAGGGUGACAAGCGCAAUGUGGAGCGACGGAAGUUUGGGGAUAAGUAUCUGGGCUUUCUACAUGUUGCUCAGGAGUUCUACAAGGGUUAUGUCCAGCGCCUCUCUGCACGAUACGACAUCCCCGAAUUGAAGCGCAUUGCUCAAGGCGUCGAGGUGGACGGAUCCUCCAGUAGCGAUCUCAUCAGUCCCGUACCCGAUUCGAUCUAUCCGCUGGUCAUCAAUUCAUGCCACUUUACUCUCAUUUGUCUCGGCGACCUGGCGCGUUAUCAGGUUCAGUCAGGCCUGAAGAAGUCGAGCUAUAAGGUUGCACUGGCCUAUUACAGUCUUGCUCACGAUCUGAAACCCGAUUCCGGUUUCCCGUUCCACCAGAUGGGCAUGAUAAGCCUCGAGGAAGGCAAAGAUUUGGAUAUCCUUUACUACUUUUACCGGAGCAUCGCAACGGCUGAUCCCCAUCCCAACGUGAAGCAGAAUCUUGAGUCCAAGUUCAAGAGCUAUUUUCAGCCGGAUAAGAACCCGUCUAAGAAGCAAGCGCGUGGACCAAGCGAUGCAUUCGUCACCUGGUUUACUAAACUUCAUGCUUCCUACUAUAGGGAUGAGACCAUGACAGGCAGCGGGGAGCUUGAAAGGGAAGUUCUUCAUCGGCUUGAUAUGGCUUCCAAGAACCCUGACUAUUCCGAGGUUCUGUUCAGGAUGUCGCUGAUCAACAUGUCGAGCUACUUCAUCGCCACCCAGAAAUAUACCGAGGCACAAACACAGGCCGCUUCACGUUUUUGUCACCAUACUUUGCGCAUCAACGCUCAGUUCAUUCUUGCGUUCUGCUCGGCACUCACAUCUGAGCUCACCAAUAUUGUAGGCCGCGAGAUCCCUGCUUCCGAGGACCCGGCAACCGCCAAAUCAACCCCUGUGAUCGAGGCGCUUCUACCUCUGCUUCGUAUAUACGGUAUGUGGCUGGCUGCGCGUCGCCAGGAAAUAUUUGCGGCUGGAAAAGCUCUUGGCACCGUACUGCCAGAUAUGAUGAAGGCUAUCUCAAAGGUCCUCUCACUACUGUGCAACGAGACAUAUACCCAGGAAAACCUGGCCUCAUGCCCAUACCUUCUCGCGGAGGAUGUCCAGACCCAAGGUCUGCUUCCCCUUGCCCCGGAUCAGGUUCCGCAAGCUUGCCGAUCCUACUUUUCUGAGAGCGGUGGCUUGAAGCCAAGACUGCUAUCCCCAGAGAGACGACUCGGCACUUUCCAGGAGACACUGGCACGAAUCUUGGACAUACUGCGAUGCGCUUACUUCCUGGCCGAGGACGACUUGUGCCCUCUUGCCGUCCAUGUCUCCGAGAAAGGCCUUGCUUUUGAGUAUAAGGAAAAGCCCACCGCGAACGAAGAGACUUCCCAACCGAUGUCUAUUGUGAGUUCUCCUACACGGGAAUCCCAGAGCAACAUCAGGACUGCCAGUCGACAUCGCACCAUUUCGGAAACUACGCAAACAGGGAACCGGCUUGCGUCCAAGGCGGACGCGAGGAGGGCUUUUGUUGCAUCUAUCGAGACACAGCCUCCCCAUGAGCAGUCUGUACCUGACGAUGCUGAUAACACUGUCAUCAACAUGCUUGCUCCUUUCCUAAGGCCUCCUACCCCUGAACAGGCACAAUCUGGUCUCUGCUCCACUGAUGAGACCUCAUACGGAAUGCAUAGCACAACUGCGAACGAGGUCUUUGGAAUGCUUCAGGCCAGCCCUACCACAGGCUCCAUGCCCUCUGGCAAGUUUGAACCUCUUCCCUGGGACUGGGUAUACACCCCGACACCCCAUAAGGGUAACGAUACCUCGGUAUCAUACAAGGAUGCUUUCGAAGGCCCUAUUAGUCCUAACUUUUCUAUAAGAAAAACAUCACACACCGUCAGCGCAUUUGACGACCCUUUCACCAACUCCACCCCUCAGCUACCAACCAUGCCAACUCCUCGAGCUGGCAGUGGCAUGAUGGCCAGUCCCCGUGUUAGCUCAGCGGCCGAAGAGGCUCAUCGCAACAACUUGCUUCAAACUUUUGGUAGCUCCGCCCCUCGUACUUCGGUAUCCAGCCAAUGGGACCAUGACCACAACCGUACGGCCAUCGAGACAGCACCUCAAUCCUAUGGUCCCGAUGGCUACGCCACGUCUUCCUCUUUGUCUGCGUUCUCACACCCAAGCAGUUUGUAUCAAGGCACACCUGCUAAUGGGAUUACUCUCGGCAUGCCAACUGGAGUUGGCUAUAUGGACACGAGCCGCUACGAUCGCAAUCACGUUCAGGAUCCUGCACCAUCCUCGUCAGGCCGACGCUUUCAAAUGGAUGAAACGACGUCCAGCUAUGAUGCUGCCAUUUUGCAGGCUGCCUUUUAUGGCAAUAAGUAAAAGCAUAGGUCAUUCUUGUGUCUUUUUAGAAGACGGCCGUGGGAAUCAGGAUAUUUCGACCUGCCUAGUUUUUCGUCGACUCUUGCGUUUUCAAAAACGUCUUGUUCCCGGUCUAGACCACUCAGGGCGGAGCAUGAUUGCAUAGCCGACGAUUCGCUAUAAAGCACCUGCACAUGUCCUAGCUUCGAGUACUGGCCUUUUGGAGUCGGCCAGCUUUUGAAGAUAUUGACGGCAUAAUGGAUUAGCUUAACAGGUGCAGUACGCCGGCCUAUUUCACCUGCUCCAUGUUUUCGGACCUCGUGCGAUAGCUGAUGAGUUUGCUCGCCGGCCGGCUCAGACUCAGUCAGUAUUCAUCCAGUCUGACGGUAUAGACACCAUUCGUUGGUGCAAGAUCUUGGGUUUUAAAGCAAGAAGUCAUUCAUUUUAUAUUCACUCAGAUAAUAUGCUUGCCAAAUACUCGAUAUCGUGGAGGAUACCAUGCCGCUCAAUGCGCUUGGGAGCCCUCAGUUUGGGGUAUAUUCUCCCUUUGGAUGCAAACGCCGUUGUUGAAACCGUUUCCCUUUUCCCCAGCAACGCCGAACCACAUUCAAUGAUCCAAGAAGGAUGUGCAAUAUGAGUUGUUGAUAGAUUUAAGCAGCCUGGUAGGUUUGCUUGGGGAAGGGGUAUCUGUAUGAGAGUUAGUUGAAGUUUUGUUAUCGUUUUACUGGGAUUGGUGCCCUGGCCAAGGAGCUAUCCCGUUCAUAGGAAAGAUAGGUAGAGGAAUGAAGCAGUAAAUUUUGUGAACACAAAUUAUCAGGAAUGAUGCGUUUGGGUGGACUUACGAAGGUCCAAGCUCCUGGAUGCUCAAACGAGCGAGCCACUGGCCCAUGUCAAUGCUGGUUUCGAGGGGCUUGUUCUGGAGGAUACCAGCCAAGAGACCGCCAGCAAAAGCGUCACCAGCACCGUUGGUGUCGUUGAUCUUCUCCUUCUCAAUGGCGUGAACGGGGAACUCCUUAAUCUCGUCAUCACCCUGGAUAGCAACCAGAGUAGGGUCGGUACCCUGAGUAACAAUGGCAAUUCGCUUUCUCUUGGUGUUCUUCUUGGGAAGGUUGGCGAGGUGCAUGACAACAUCCUUGGGCUCCUUGCUAGGGAGGCCGUGGGAUUCGGCAUAGGCGGCGGCCUCGGUCUCGUUGCCGAUGAUGUAGUCCCAGUAAGGGGCGCUGGCAUCGACAACCUCCUUGAAGAAUUGAGGGAUGAAAGGAGCAGACAGGGAGAGAACAAAAGGCUUGUUGUGCUCAGCAGCCUGCUUGGCGAGCUCCAUAAUGGCAGGAGGACAGACUGAAAUUGGUUAGCAUUAUCAUGGUGUUUGGGGGGGUUGUGACCGGGCUCGUACCAGUGAAGUGGAAACCACCGACGUAGUAGACCUCAGCGUUCUCAACGAGCUUCCAGA